AUGUCACCUGCUGGCAGUCAGCAGGAGGUGAAGUCCUCCACUGCUUUCCCAGCUCCAGCGCCAGCCCCGGCGCCCUCGCUGCCCAGGCCCGCGCUCCCGGGGCCCUUCCCCGGCGUGGUCAGGCUGCACCUGGUCAUCCUGGCCUCCAUCGUGGAUGAUCUGGACGCCGCCCAGGUGGUCGGGACGCUGCUGGGAACUGUGGACAAGCACUCAGUGGAGGUCACCAAUUGUUUCUCAGUGCCACACAAUGAGUCAGAAGAUGAAGUGGAAGUUGACAUGGAAUUUGCAAAGAACAUGCAUGAGCUACACAAAAAAGUCACUCCAAAGGAACUCAUCCUGGGUUGGUAUGCUACAGGCCAUGACAGCACAGAGCUGAUCCACGAGUACUACAGCCGGGAGGCCCCCAACCCCAUUCACAGUCUGCAGAAUGGCCGCAUGAGCAUCAAGGCCUACGUCAGCACCUCGAUGGGUGUCCCAGGGAGGACCAUGGGAGUGAUGGUCACACCUCUGACCGUGAAGUAUGUGUGUUAUGAUUCUGAACGCAUUGGAGUUGACCUGAUCAUGAAGACGUGUUUCAGCCCCAACAAGGUGAUUGGGCUGUUGAGUGACUUACGGCAAGUAGGCGGGGUGUCCGCUGGCAUCCAGGAUGCCCUCAGCACGGUGUUGCAGUACGCCAAGGAUGUGCUGUCUGGGAAGGUGUCAGCUGACAACACCGUGGGCCGCUUCUUGAUGAGCCUGGUUAAUCAAGUUCCCAAUGACUUUGAGACCAUGCUCAACAGCAACAUCAAUGACCUGCUGAUGGUGACCUACCUGGCCAAUCUCACACAAUCACAGAUUGCCCUCAAUGAGAAACUUGUAAACUUGUGAAUGGGCCUCAAGCAGCACUCCUGCCAGUCUGGUGUCAUUCCGAGCACUCAGAAUAAAGUGGUUUCUUUGUGGUAUUGAGUCACCUGAAUCAGUCAGCUAUCUGUGACUAAAUAAACUAGCGUACCUUUUAUAAAUGAAAAAAAA